CAUUUUCUUUAUUUUAUUACAGGGUUAGCUGGAGGUGCGGAUGCGGCAUACAUUUUCGAAGAGAAAUUUUCAAUUAAAGAUCUGCAACAGGACGUGUACCAUAUGGCCACCAAAAUGGCCGAAGGGGUACAACGUGGUCUGAUACUGCGCAAUGAAAGGGCCAGCGAGAAUUAUAAUACCGAUUUUAUUUAUCGUCUUUACUGUGAAGAAGGAAAAGGAUUGUUUAGUGCCAGGAUGAACGUAUUAGGUCAUAUGCAGCAAGGUGCUUCUCCUACUCCCUUUGAUCGUAACUUAGGAACAAAACUGGGUUCAAAAGCGGUCGAUUGGAUAGGCGAGACGUUAAAUAGAAAUACAAAAGAAGGGGUUACCAGAUGUACAACCCCCGACACUGCAGUCUUGCUUGGAAUAGUUCGUAGGCAGUACAAGACGAGCAACUUACUAGAUCUGAAAAACGAAACUAACUUCGAGUAUCGUAUUCCCAAACAAGAGUGGUGGUUGAAAUUAAGACCUCUUCUACGUAUUUUGGCAAAGCACGAUUCUGCUUAUGAAGAAGAAGGAAUUUACAUGACUGUAGAAGAACGUGUACUGGAUGAUAUAUAAGUACUCCAGCAUAUUAAUUUUUUGAAAACUGUAGUAAACUUAGCACACAAAUCAUAUAACGAAUAUUCUUAAGCAUAAACAAGCAGUGACUUUG